UCUACACCUCUCGGACAAGCCAUGGCAGAGCAGCAGCUGCGGUUCCGGGGGACUGUCAUUCGGGGCUUUGGGCGUGGGUCGAAGGAGCUGGGCUGUCCCACAGCCAACCUCGACGUCAACUCGUUCCCCUGGCUCGACAACUGCGCCAUCGGGGUUUACUACGGCUGGGCCUCAGUGCCGGCUGCUCGGCCCGGCGCGGUGCUACCGGCUGUUGUCUCGGUCGGGUAUAACCCGCACUACGGGAACACGACCAAGACGCUCGAGGUCCACAUCAUGGACGAGUUCGAAUCUGACUUUUACGACUCGGUCCUCAACCUUGUCCUCGUCGGUUAUAUUCGGCCCAUGGAAAAGUACGACUCGCUCGACGCACUCAUCGCAGCCAUCGACGCCGACAAGGCUUUUGCUGCCGACAAGCUUGCCGGCGACGCCUGGGCCGAGCUCAAGGCCGAUGCCUUCUUCUCCGCCACCGACGAGUCCGACGGCUGGCAGGAAGCCAAUCCUGACGAGCCCGUUUUUGCCGCUCCGCCUGCCACCGCUGCCGAGACAUCAUCAUGACCAUCCCCCGCCUGCGGCCUUCGAAUGGGGCGUCUCCGCCGAGUUUCCGGCUGCAGCACGCACCCCCGCCCGCCGCUGCGCCGCGCCGCCGCGCCGUCACGCAUCCGAUCGUAGCCAUAGCCCCCCAUCGAUCAUCACAUACAGGCACACAGCCAUCCCC